AUGCCGGACCUCGUCUCCUGGAACGCUCUCCUCGAUGGGUACGCCAAGUGCCGGGACCUUCCCGCCGCGCGGCAGGUGUUCGCUCGGAUGCCCCAGCGGGACGUGGUGUCCUGGAGCGCCAUGAUCGACGGGUGCGUAAAGUGUGGAGAGCACCGUGAGGCGCUCGCGCUGUUUGAGAUGAUGGAGAACACUGCCGCCAGGUCAGUGGAGGAUGGUGGGGGUGGGGCGAGGGCGAAUGACGUCACGAUGGUGAGCGUGCUUGGAGCCUGUGCGAACCUUGGGGACCUUGAGCGUGGGAGGCGGGUGCACCGGUCCCUCAGGGAGCGUGGCUUCCCAUUGAACCUCAAGCUUGCGACCUCACUCGUUGACAUGUAUGCCAAGUGCGGGGCCAUCCGUGAGGCGCUGGAGGUGUUCUGGGCUGUGCCGGUGGAGAGCACUGAUGUUCUGAUAUGGAAUGCUGUGAUUGGUGGCCUUGCGGUGCAUGGCAUGGCCACCGAAUCGGUGGAGAUAUUCCAGAAGAUGCGGGUUGCUGGGGUUGCACCGGAUGAGAUCACGUACCUUUGUCUGUUGAGUGCUUGUGUCCAUGGCGGUCUAGUGGAUGAGGCUUGGGAGUUCUUCCGCUCGCUUGAAGCGCAAGGGCUCAGACCACAUGUCGAGCAUUACGCUUGCCUGGUAGAUGUGCUUGGCCGUGCUGGGCACUUGGAGGAAGUGUAUGGUGUUGUUAAAACUGUCCAGUUGCAGCCAGACCAUGAUGGCAGGUACAUUGGCCUGUCCAAUAUCUAUGCUAUUGCCAGACGGUGGCAAGAGGCGAAGAAAGCUAGAAAGGUAAUGGAGGACAGGGGUGUAAAAAAGGUCGCUGGAUUUAGUGAGAUUGAUGUUGGUGGAGGGCUCUCCUGGUUCACUGCCCAGGACAAGACUCAUCCUGGCUCAGCGGAGAUCUAUGACUUGCUGAAUCUAAUAGCAAUGGAGAUGAAAAUGCAGGAUGAUGCUACUAUUCCAGAUUACCUCUGUGCACACUGCUAG